UGGCUGAAGGAAGAGGAAGAAGACACAGGAGCUGCAGCGUGAUAAAACGUCUGAGGCGCCCUACUGCUUUUGUUGCCGAUUGGGCUUCUAUUAAACAAUGGGAAAGAUUAAAGGGAGAUUGAAUCUUUCCACUCCGCUGUAGCCUAAUUAAUCAGUCCUGUAGAUGUGACAAUGACAAUACUGUUGCCAGUGCGAUUUUGUAAUGGAAACUAACUCGUAUGUUUAUUUUGCUUUAAUCAACUGUUUCUUCCAUGUAUCCAAGGGAACAUUUUGGUCGGCCAACAGCCAUUCAUGUUUAGGCUUUUAUGUGAAAUCCGGCGUUACCAAACACGCUCAACGAAACUUGGUGGUUAAAAAAUAUAUUAUUUGUGUAUUGUCAACGACAGUUGUUUAUAGUUUAGGCGACAAUGUCACGAGUUCUUAUAGUUGUUGCAGGUUUGACAGGCAGUUUAUGCGCUUGUCUUCUGCGAAGAGAAAUGCCAAACAAAGUUAUUGUUGUCUGGGAUAAGUCGCAAGGAGCAGAGCUGCCGGCCCAUGGUGUUCUGAAGCCCCUGGUGUCCUCAGUUGAAGGGGAGGUGAUGAAGGAGGGAGGCCAUAAAAACUAUGUCACUCCAACAGGAGUGUCCUCCAUCGUCAAACAUUUCCUCAAGCAGUCAGGGGCAGAGGUGUUCUUUGACCACCAUGUCACCCACAUCUUCCAGAAGGGCGCGAGCUGGGAGGUGUGUCAGAAGGACACGGCCCCGGAGCAGUUUGACGAUGUGGUCCUCACCAUGCCCGUACCACAGAUCCUACAGCUGCAAGGAGACGAGGACUCCUUGCUAGAGGAGAGUCAGCGGCAGCAGCUUGAAGCGGUGAGCUACUCGUCGCGCUACACACUGGGCCUCUUCUACAAAGCCCAGGCUCACAUCGACGUCCCCUGGGCCGCCAAGUACGUCUCCAAUAAUCCCUGCAUUUGCUUUAUCGCCAUUGACGAUAAAAAGUGCAAUUUAGAAUCCCCUGAAUGCGGUCCCUCCAUGGUGGUCCACACCACUGUUCCAUUUGGUAUCAAACACCUGGAGGAGGCCAAGGAGCAGGUGGAGCCUACCAUCCUGGAGGAGCUGAACAAGCUGCUGCCUGGCUUGCCACAGCCCGACAGCAUCAAGUGCCAGAAGUGGAGAUACUCACAGGUGACGAGCUCGGUGGCCGACUGCCCAGGGCAGAUGACGCUGCUGUCCCAGCCUAUGUUGGUGUGUGGGGGCGACGGCUUCACACAUUCCAAUUUCGACAGCUGUAUCGAGUCUGCCCUGAAGGUGUUUGACAUUCUGAAGUCCUCUCUCUGAUGCCUUAAGGGGUGGUAGGGGGGAUGGGAGUAUAGUGUGGGGGUUCUAUGUGUACAGUAUGCUAGCCCAGAGAGGGGGGUACUGCCAUUGAAACAUUACCCUAACCCCCCCCCCCUCCAGUUGAACUGUCCACUUAAGUACUUGAUAUGUAUUUGACAUGUUGAUGCUAUGCUGUGUUCACGUGUGGUUAGAUGUGAAACAGGUGUGUAUAACACACCCUAUGACCCACUAAUUCUUCAAGGUGGACCAUGAUUCCGUUCCAAUGAAGUACUUUACUGAAAGUAAAUAUGGUGUUGGUACUCAGGAUUUCUCUCUAAACAUCUGAUUUUGGUUCAGAUUGAAUAAAAAAGUGUCAAACCAUC